AUGAUGGGUAUUGCGAAGCUUGGAAUGAAAAUGGCGGCUAAUGAUGUUGUCGCGAAUCAUGAAAACGAAACUAGAGAUAAAAGGAGCAGCGAUGGUUCCGUCAAAGUUAUUUGCUUAGGAGACAGUGCUGUAGGGAAGUCAAAGUAAGGCAGACUGUGUGAUAUCUUAUGUCUCGUAAACCUGUUCUUGCUGUUUUGUGGGAAAACGGUAGCGUCCAACAAACCGGCUAAUUUUUGUGACAUUAUUUCCUUUUCAGAUUGGUUGAGAGAUUUCUUAUGGAUGGAUAGUAUCCUUAAUGCUUUUUGUUAGCUAAGUGUCUAGAUUUUUACCGUGCCCUAACAAUUCCGCCAAAGUAGUUUUGAUUUAGUCUAAUAAUAUUGAUCAAGGGGAGCAAUAGGUUCUCAGUUUUUGGUUAUUUAUACGGAAGCUGGUUUCUCGCUAAGUUUUUUUUUCAUUUAUUAAGUGACUUUCGUUACCCGGUAAUAUUUUAAAAUUAAAAUUUUCUAACCUCAUUUGUUAAACAAUGAUGUUUUCUUUUUUCUCAGUUUUGACGCCACCUCUCGCAGUAAAUUACGGUUUUGUACGUCAAUAGAGCGAAAUUUUAUUCGGAGAACCGUUUUAGAAAUCUCCUUAUUCUCAAGAGGCCUUUAGCGUCACUCAAUGACCGAAAAGAUAUAUUGCCUCGGACAUGUUCUUUUGUUAUAUUGUACGCGAAGCUCAUCAAGUAUUGCUACUGAAUGCUAGGAAAACUAAAUAAUAUCAAAGAACAAAUGUACAGUACCCUACGUAUACAUGAACCUAGGAAUUGCCAUUUUCGAUAUAGAUCGCAAAACCAUCUUGAAAUUAAUGUCAAAGUACAAUUUACCUCAAUAUUCAAUCACACAUUGUCACAUCAUCUCAUGAUCACAUCACUGAGCAUUUCAGGUCAGGUAUUUCCCAAAUCGAAUACAGGUGCUUUUGAUUGUUUUGCUUUCUAAUAAAAGAAGCUGUUACGAACAUGUAAAGUAAUCCUACAAUAAGCUAUGUUUGAUCAUCCAGUUUCAUUAACUGGAAAUGUUUUAAAUUCAAAUAUCAGUCUCUGGAAAGAAAAAUUCACAUGGCCUCCAGAUUUCCAUAGUCAGCCCUUUGUAUUUUUUUUAUUUAAUACUCUCCAUAUUACUGGUGUUUAUUAUCAGUCUGUCAAUGAAACUAGUGUCCUUAAUUAUAACAACAGUAAACCACAGCAGCUUUCUACAUAUGCUCUGACCCUUUUUCAGUACAAGACAAGGGUUGAUGGAACUGAUGUUCGAGUUGGUAAGUCCAAUUUAACCUGCAGUUUGCCCAUCUGUGUGAAAUUCGUUGAUUGUCUUCUGCUAAUACAGUCAAACCUGUAUUAGGCAGCUCCCUAUUAAACAGUCACCCUGUAUUAAAUGGUCAGUUGUCAAAGUCCUGAAUGUGUUUCCCCUCAAUCACUGUAAUUUUCACCAAUCUGGCUCCAGUGGUCUCCUCUAUCGAGUGGUCAUAAGUACCCUUUACAACAAGUUCUAAGGGCCUGUUUUUACUGUCCUCUGCCUGUAUAUUGAAUGACUACUAAAAGUGGAACCACUCAAUUAAGACUAAGAAUAAGCUUUCCAAUUAUUUUUUAAUCCUUGUGUCUCUCCCAGAAUUAAUAUAGGUAGUAUUCUUGAUCAAGAUUCUGUACAUUAAGUGGUCAGUUAUGGCAUUAAGGGGCAUUGUUCAUUGUUUUUAUAAUAACCCUAAUCUUUGGAACCUGUAUUAAACAAUCACUCUGCUAUUCACCAUGGGUGACUGCUUACAGGUUUGACUGUAUAUGUGUUUGUCCUUAAAUUUGGAAAUUUAAAUUAAAUCGCAUUUCACAUUUCCUGGUAGUUUAUGUUAUUUAUUUUAUUUCAUGAUUUUAUUGCAUUUAUUUUGUCAAUGAUUUAUUAAAUCUAAAUGAGAACAACACAGAAGUGAAAUGUUGGAGUUUUUUGUUGCCAAUACAAUAUGCUUACUUGAUAUAAAUGAGUUUAGGAACAAGUGACAUAUUUGGAAAUCAGCUAAGACUGAAGAGGCCAAGACAAUGUGAAAAAAGUUUUAUCAGGGCUUUUCUCAUGAGAGAAUCACCAGGUUCUUGUGGGCUCAUAUCUCAGAAUCUAGUUGCUUAAAGACAAAAAUUAGUCCAUCUAACUUUGUUAGAGCACAUACCUGUUCCUGAGGACAGAAAGGUACUCUGAAAUAUUGAUUUUUAUGAGUCUUGGAGAAUGAAAUUAUCAAAACUAAUUGACUUUAUGUUUUCUUACUUGUCUUGCAACUCCUAUCUUUCAUCAUCAAGGAUUAUGAUUAAAACAAUAGAUGUACAUGUACGCAAUAAAAAGUAGCAUAGCCAGAUAACCCAAUUCUAUUUCAUUGUGGCAGUUCUAACUAUACAAUUAAAGGAAGUACCCGGAAGUAAUAAUCAUGUAGUUAUCACUUUAUACAACAUGUAAGCCUUAAGUUCAGUGACAAUACAUUUAUGUAACUCAAGACUUUGGAUGUUGUGAUUCUGAUACAAUGUGAUUGUGUAAUUUCAUACAAUUGACCUCAAUUUGCACACACAUUCUUGAUCAGAAAGAAAUUCAUAAAUCUUAAUAAAGGCAUAAUCUGAAAAAGACUAAACAUUAAAAUUAUGAGUAUGAAGUUUUAAGCAUUCAGUUCACAGGCUUUGAAAUUCUUGUAGAUUUGCAGUAAUGAUGGAAAAGACACUACAGUAAAUAGAUUAAUCAAUAUCAAAUCUACACCAGGCAAAUUGUAUGAUUUGUCUCUCAAAACAACAUAUUUUUGCCAUAGGAUGUGUCAAAAAUCCUGUUUAACAUUGUCUAUCAGAAAGUCUGAUUGUUUGCGGAUCAAGACAACAUUUAUUUUACACGUUUGCAAAUUAGGUGAAUGGAAAAGAAUGCCAUUCAUUUAAAUUGAUGAAUGUUACAAUUAUUUUUCUGUAUGCUAUUUAAAGUUAUCAUAAAGGACUGGAUGAAAAAGAUUACCUUAAAUUGGUAGCUCAGGCAAAAACUGCCAUUGUUAUUUAUUGUAACUGCUAUGCUGACUAUCGGAGCAACUGUCUUUUCUUCUAUUUUGUGUGAAUGGUUUAAAGAUUACUUAUGGUUGUCGGAAAACAUCUUUGUCAUUAGGAGAUUUGUUGGGAUACUACCUUAAAAGUUGUGGCAUGGGUAACAUUCUCAUUGAGGUUUGGAAAUUAUAUGAAUAGGUGAAAAGCAUUUGACUGAGGUUUUACAAUCAUGAAUACCACUUCACUUGAACUUGCAGUAUACUGUGUAGUAAUGCAUAUAUAUUAUUUUUUCCAGAUUUCUGGGAUACAGCAGGACAAGAGAGAUUCAGCAGUAUGCACCCAUCAUAUUAUCAUCAAGCACAUUCUUGUCUACUAGUAAGUACUGUCAGUAAAGAAUGAUUUUUUAAGAACCAAACUCUGUUCUAUAAUAAGCCCUCCAUCUUGAGCCCCCCAAUGAUUAACCUUUUAACCCCCUUUGAGUGACUAGAGUCAAAAUUCUCCUUACAAUAUCACUCCGGAUUAACAUUAUGGUAACAAGAACAAUGAUCACCAACCAAAGAAACUUCUAAUUGUUUAAUAAAUUCUUCUUGUCAGCACCCUAGGAAAUGUAUGUAGAACUGUAUGGAGAAUAUGCAUGUUGAUGUUAGGGUGUAAAGGCUUAACAAGCUCUUUAGGGACCUAAAUUUAUAAUUGAAGAGUGUUAACCAUAUAUCAUGAUUGAUGUAUAUCAGGAGUAAUUUUGCACCUUGUAUGUGUUCAAAUUGCUCUUGUUUAAACUUCAGUUAAGAUCUCUUUUUAUUUUGACAGGUAUUUGAUAUUACAAGAAAAGUGACUUACAAAAAUCUUGCAAAAUGGUACAAAGAACUUAGGGAAUACAGAGAGAACAUUCCUUGUAUAGUUAUAGCAAACAAAAUAGAUGGUAUCCUUUUUGUUUUCUUUCUGUGGAAUAACUUUUAGUCCUUGUUCUUGAGACUUCAAAGUUAUGAAUAGCUUCCAUCAUGCAACAACUCUAAAAAUGAACUGGAAUUAAAGACUAUGUAUUGUAACUUACAGACAGUGUUUUUGAUUCUGAUGAACUAGGUUACCUUUCCAUUUCACAUAACUUUGCUGGUCUCAAAUCCAGAAUUGUUUUGAACAUUUUAUAUCAAUGUUACAAAGUAUUAGCUCUAGUUAGCCUUUUUAUUUGGCAAGAUCUUCUGCAUACAAGCGCAUGUGAUUUUUCCUUGCUGCUAUCCAUUAAAGAGAGUUUGCUGUUAUUUCAAAAGAGCUUUGUGUUGAAAUGUGUUGAAAAUGGCAGCUAGAAGUUAUAUGUUAAGCACCUUGUAGGGUUAAUGGAUUGAUGUGAGCAGGCAUGCAAAGAAAGAACAAAUCAUUUAUAAUAAUAUGUUGUAUGUAUAUGAAUUCAUUUUCCCAUUUGGAUAAAUGCAGUCUUUAUAUUCCUUAACUGCUUGGUAUUAUCUUAAGUUGACUACACUAUGACACAGAAAAGUUUCAAUUUCCCCAAAAAGCAUGGUCUUCCUUUCUAUUUUGUGUCUGCGUCUGAUGGAACAAAUGUGGUUAAGGUAGGCAUUCAAAUAUACAUAUUUUUUAUUUUCUCCUGAUUAAUGUAUUUGAACACAAGCUCUAAAGCCAUACAACCAUGGCACUAAUAGGAGAGAAGACAUCCUUUGCAGGAUUUUAAUUGAGAAAUGUAGUGUAGGAAUGUGACUGGAGAAUUUUCACCUUGCCUAAAUUUAAAGAAAAGUUCAGGGCAUGAAAUUUAGCCUUAUAGCUCUUAACAGUUACUGAAGAGGUGCUGUUCAAAGUACCCCACAAUAACUUUAAUGAAUUACAACAAUUUCUGAAGGAGAGGCUAGAUAUGUGUUAGGUUAUUAUGAGAGAAUAUUGUUUUGUUUGAGAAUGAGACUUCUGAAGAAUUUUUUUCAGAGCCAGUCUCUCACAUGUGUACAUCAAACCCUAAUAAUUCCUUUAGGAUUGAAUGUGGCACAAGUAAACAUGAACUACAUGAAGCACAAUCAGUCAAAAUGACUUGCACAUUUUUGUACCUGUCCAUUGUUUAAUUAAUUAAUUCACUGAUUCUGUUUGGUAUGAAGGCCUUUCGAGAAGCAAUAAAGCUGGCAGUGAAAUAUAAAGAAAACUCAACAGAUUUUAUGGAUGAAGUUCUACGCGAACUUGAGGUACAUUUUUAGUGUUUGAAUCAAUUCAUAAGUACUAUUUUUGUGAAAGAACAUGAGGUGUAUAAAAGAGUAAUAUUUGUUUGUGCAAUACUUUUUUAGUAAGACUUUAGUGGUAACUGUGUUUGGUUGAAUGGUAUUAAAAGUUCAACGGAACAAAGGAGUUGAAUUAAUCUCUUUCACUUUGCUUUUAUUUCAGAACUUUGAUGACAUGAAUCUUAAUCAAGAUGGUUAUGAUUCAGAUAAAAAAAGCAGUGAAGAUGAGGAAAAGACAUGAUACCCACUGCUUUAAGGCUGGCUCCUGUGGUUCAUGCACACUGCUGUUUAAGUCAGUGCAAAGAAUAUUUCAACACACAGAGUAAUUUAUUCUCCUUAUUAGAGUUUUUAAUUAUUAGUUAUUAAUAUUUAAAAGAUUUACAUUGUAAUAAAUGUAUUGACUGUUACAACUAUCAUACAGUCUGGGUGAUGCUAUGUCACUUUGCAAAUUUUCUCUGCUGGCUGAAGAGUAAUAUAACAUGACUGCAAGAAAACUGAAAUAGUCUAAGAAUUAUUUUGAUUCCAUCCUGAUGUCAUGGCAAAAGGCUUCAUGGUUUAACUUUACCAGAUCUGAGCCCAGAAAAAAUAAUCAUGAUUAUUUUUAUUGUACAGUGUAUAUGACCAAGAAUUCAUUUGUUGUAAAUCAAUAGUCAUGUUCAGCUAUAAUAUCAUAUGUACUUACCUACCGAAAAUUAUAUCUGAGAUGGGUUCUUUGUGGUAUUAUCUUCCUAAAUUUUGCUUGUUCUCAUCAGACUGAGACGCCUUUCUGUUAUUCUCUUGAUCUUAAUUAUGAUUUAGCAUUAUUAAUGGUUUAAAGCAUUAACUCGUCAUUUAAUUAUUAACAGCACGCCCAGCAGGGCCCGAACUCGCACAUAAAACCAUUGUUUUCUUUUAAAAAGUAAUUUCAUAGACCGUUUAGACUUGUCAUAGAAUUGAUUAGAGAGAGAAUGCGUUGCGUGAUCAGACUAGACCAGUGCGAAGGUGGCUACCUAUGGCAUUUUGUGGUAACACUUUUCGUAGGCCAGUCUGUGCAAUGUAAAUGUAAACUAAUGUAAAUUGUAAAUUUAUCGGAAAUUGGCAUGAAGAAAACCAUCUGCUUUAGUACAAAACUCAAUGCUCGUGAGUAAAAGCGUAUAGGUUAAAACUUAUCACUGUAACUAUGUCGUAAAAAUGCAGCUAUUAUUGGAUCAGUUACAGAGAAGCCAAAUGUAGUAUGAUUGUAACUAUCAUUACAGGAUGAGCUUGGCUCACCACUCCUCUUGCCCAGCCUUGGAGCCAGGCUCGGCAGCUUCUCCGAGAUAUGUUUAUUUUUUUGCGGUGUCUCUAUUUUCUUUGUGUUUGUUGACGAUGUUAUGUUUUCCAUUUUGUAUAAUUGGCGUGUCAAAGCUAACAAGUUAAUUGUUGGUUGAAUAGUAUUUCCUUUUCACUGAUUCUAAAGAGAGUGUUCAUCCCUAUAAGUAUCUUACUGUUCUGUUAUAAACUAUUUUCUUUGUGAAAUACUUCUUUUUCAGGGUUAAAGCGUAAGCAAGUGAGCAGUUUGCCAAGCGCUUAGAGGUGUUAUAUUUUGUCAUACGGCAGUUAUCUUUUUACACGACAUUUUUACAUUGUACAAUAUUUUUCUGAGGUUUAGAGUCCAUUCAUUGAAUUCAGCUACUUUUAUCCGACGAAGCUCUCUCAGCGAUGUUUUAAUGAAAGCUCUUGGAGACCUCAUGGGAGUAUAACCAAGACACCGUAACCUUGAACACGAUAAUUUACACGGUAGCUAUUUAGCUAUAACGUGCAGGCCAUAAGUAUUUUCAACCGAGCUUUUUCAUGACAAAGUGACAAAUGUGUUCGUCUGGGAUGUCAAAGUACGAGGACAGCUAAAUAGGCACGAGAAAUAUUUUUCAGAGAAAGCUUUCAGACAAGCAAUCGUGCUAACUGCUCUGAACACUUUACAAAAGUUGAAUUUUCCCCUCCCUCAGAGGAAUUGAAUCGGCAGUACACACUAAUCGUAGUCUUCUAUUCUUUGGGUAUACCCAAGUGGCAACACUGAUUGUGACGAUCAAACUAACUGGGAAAUGGUAUCGUAAACCUAGUUUGCGUGCUUAAGGAAUUAAAAUAAUUCCGCGUUUGCAAUAUUUUGAGAAUUCCGUUUCGCAAAUAGAGAAUUGUUGGAGAAGUCGCACAUUGACCAGGAUCUCUGUAGGGAACGAACCAGGUAGCGUAGGUCACCAUGCCAAACAUGUCUGAAAACAUUGUAACUGCAUUCGGGUACUUUUGGGCUAGACCGGAUGUGUACAAAGAUCCUGGAAUUGAAAUAUGUAUGUAAUAUGUAUAUAUGUAAAAAAUUGUAUGUACAAACAUGAUCUAAAAUAAAGUUGCUUGUUUACCGCGAUGAAAAUGGUUUACCUCUUGGUUCAUGGGUGAUCUUGAGGAGCGCCUUUCGAGGGUGGGUACCUGAGGGAUGGGACGUUGGCCAUCCUCUGAACACAACUUGUUAGAGUUGACGAGGUAACUGAUUGGAGAUUAUACAGGGUUUCUCGAUAUUAAUUAGGAGGUAUUGUUCAUUGACCAUAAAUGAGGAAAGGAGCAAGCUAUCUAGUAAUGAGCACUUAAUACAAUUGGUAAUCGAAUUCCCCAAAUAAUUUGCUGUAAUCAUGUUUGUUUUCCCAGAACCUGCACCUUAAUCUUCAAAAUGAACUCU